AUGAACUCUUCAAUUAAAUUUCCUGAAAAUGAUGAAAUUGCAAAUCAUAAAAUGAAAGCCCUGGAACUCAAUGCUAAUUAAUUUUAAGCAUAAUUUAAACCUCUAUUUAACGAAAACACUAAAUUAAAAUAGCAUGUUAUCGGCCUUAACUUCUUUAUUGAGGAGCGGAAAUUGUAACUCAGCAAUUUAAUCAACGAUACUGGACCUAAUGGGGAAGAUAGGGUUUUGGUUAAGGCUGUGGCUGAUUUCAAAUAAAUUUGUGAUCUUUUAGAGGAGGAGAUACUUAGACUGAAUAACACCAUUGUUGUGAACACUAAUGAUAAUUCCAAACUAUAAAUAGUUAUAAAAUAGUUGAAAGAGAAAUUGUAAUGUGAGACAGAUCGAUUUUUUUAAGAGAAACAAUCAUUAAUAGAUUAAAAUCGGCGUUUAAAUGAAUAUCAUAAAUAACAGUCAAUACACUGGGAACAGAAUGUAAAUAGAAUGAAAAUGAAAAUUGAGGAUAUAUGCUCAAGGAAUUUGCAAUUAGAUUAGAAAAUCAGCAAUAUCCAUAAGCAUUACAAAUAUUAAUUAGAGGAGAGAUCUCUCAUUUAGAAUUAAUUGCUCAUGUAAUUGAAUUUGGAAAAAUAAGAAUAGUUGGAGAAGUUUGAAGAUGAAAGAAGAUCUUAUUUAUAAUAAUUGGAGAUGUUUAGUAACAAAUUGAAUGAGAACAAAGCAAUAUUGAUUAACGAAUAUGAAUAUAAGAUCUAAUCUUAAAAGAUGAAAUUGGAAAAUCAGAUUCAAAAAUUGACAGAUGAUUGUUCAGACUACAGAACCAAAUUUCUCAACAUCAUUGAAAAAAACAAAAUAUUACAAUACUAAGUCGAGAGAUAAGUACCUUAAUUUGAAGCUUUGGAGAAGGAAAUCUAAGAUCAGAAAUACAAAGUCUUCCUUUGUGAUGAAAACCUUAAAACAAAGGAGGCCAUUUUAUAAUAGAAACAAAUUCUAAUUGAUUAAUUAAAUGACUAGAUUAAAAAACUCAAAUAAGACAAGGGGCUAUAUGGAAUAAGGGAAUAAUCAAAAAAGUAGGGAUAAAACCUACAUUAGAAUAAAACUCAAUCUCCAGAUAAGAUCCAUUAACAAACUAAGCAAUCCUAAAUUCAAAGACAAGGAACUAAAUAAAGAGAACCAAUCAAACAACCUAGCAAUCCAGAUUCAUAGAUUCAUUCUUCUGCAUAAAGGAAAUAUUAAUCAAAAUAAGAUUUUACAUUUGAAGACACAACCAUUGAAUAAUAUGUUGAAAAUAAUAAAUAAGAGAUGAUGUAAUCGAUGUAAUAAUCGAAGGAAUAGUCAAGAUCUUCUUCUGUUGAUGAAACUUAAAAUUCUCCAAUUCCUUUUAUCAAAAUAGUAAAUAAUCAAAUGCAAAGAACCAAUAAUACUGAUUAAUUUUAAUAGCACUUAACUGGAAACAACCAGUCCUUAUCAGUAACACAAGGAGCUUGGUGUCUAUAUAAUGAAGUUGGAAUCCAAUGUGAUUUAAAUUAAAUCAUAGAUUCUACAGUCAUAUCCAAUUAUGAAAUAUAAAUUGCUAAGCUAAAUGAUGAUUUCCUUAGAUAAAAGGAUGAAUAUGAAUUUCAUUUAAAGUGCAAGGAUGAUGAAAUAAUUGGAAUCUAAGAAUAAGUAAAAUUACAAAAGAUUGUAUUUGAAUCUAAUUAAGAAAAAAAAUUGAAAGAUAUCCAAAGGUAAUAGUAAGAGGAUCUAAUUUAAAAAGAUAAUGCAAUUAAGAAAUUAGAAUAGAUAUUGAUUGAAAAAGAUGCUAAAAUUUAAAUGUAGCUUGAUUCAGAGAAUAUCUAUUAAGCAAUGAUUGACUAAUUAAAUAAUAAAUUAAAAUAAGUAGGCUAUGGUCAGAAUGAUCUUAUUCUUAAGUUUUAAGAUGAUAUCAAAUAAAUGGAGGUUGAACAUUAGAUCGAAUAAAAAAGACUAUUAGAUGUGAAUGAGAAAUUAAAAUAAACACAUAAGCAAGAGAUUGAAAAUUUGAAUAAUUAGCAUCAAUUAGAUUAAGAAUAAUUGAUAUAAGAGAAAACAAGAUUGCAAGAAUAAUAGGUAGAACAUGAACAUUAUAUCAGAUCAACAAAUGAUCUCUUAGAAUAAGCCAAAUCAAAGGAGUUUCUUUUGGAUAAUUAUCGAAGAGAAUUGUUAAAAACUAAUGAAAUUGUCAAGUAUCUUUCUUUAGAGAUCGAGAACUAUAAAAAAAUAAAUAAUAUUUUCAGAUCCAAAAAUGAACACUCUUCUAAUAACUUUUUGUUUAAUGGAAUGGGGUUUCUUCCUACUGAAGUACAGGAUAAAAUAAAAUAAAAAAUGAAUAAAGCAAAACAAAAGAAAUAACCGUCUAAUAUUUUAAAAGAUGUUUAUGCUAUGAAUUUUCAAUUAUAAAAAGGAUCAAAAAUGAAAUCUGCCAAGUUGGUUGCCAUGAAUGCAAAUAGUUUAGACUAAAAACAAUAAAAAUUAGAUAUUAAAUUCAAACUAGAGACUUUGAAUGAACUUAAUGAAUCAUUGCCAAAAAUUAAUUCCAAGAAUGUUUAAGAAUGCGAUCGAUCAGCCUCAGAUCGAAAGCAUAAGAUAGUUCAUAAAAAUCUAAGAUCAAAAACUCAACAGGAAGAUUAUACGGAUAGUGAUCCAAAACGAAUUUUACAAGAUAUCAAUUCAAGAGAAAUAUUAUUAAUCUAAAGCAGCUAGAUGUUACUUUCAUAAAUCAAAUUUUAACCUUGUGAGAAAAAAAACUCCAGUUUAAUAAAGAAAAACAAUCAUAGUACUUCAAACAUUUGA